AUGGCUGACGGUGCAGGAAGUCAGGCUGCAGAGGGAAGAUUCGUUCUGGAUUUGUCGCGCUUCGGAAGCCCGGUCCGGCUGGACGUCACGGCAUUUGCCGAGAAGGUGCGGAGCGACAAAUGGCUGCUGCUAGCGGCAUGCCUCCUCAUCGACUUUAUUGGAAUGGCCAGCUACCUCGUCCUCCUGCUUGGUGAGGUCACUGACAUCAUGUGGGCACCCUUUGCUGGCUUCCUUCUGCAGUAUCUCUUUGGCAGCUGGCUGGUCUCUUCGCUGGGUGCACUGGAAGAGUUCCUUCCAUUUACAGACAUUCUGCCAACUGCGACUCUGGCGUGGGCGAUUUGCCACCUGGAAUGGCUGGGAUUCCUACGCGUGCUUCUGGGGGUGCAGCGUCACUCAUCACACGGACCUCUAGCUAGCGACCACAGCCACGAUGAUUGA